GCCAAGGAGUUGGAAAGGGAGGACCAGAAUCGAUAUCGUAGCUCGAAGGAAGGGAGCGGGGACGGGGAGAGAAGGGACCGCGCGAAUACCCGCCAUUCUCUCUUUCUCUCAUCUGCCCCCACGCGCCGCCUCACGCGCCCGCCCGCUCGCGUCCGCACCGCGGGCGAUCCUACAGAGCCGCUCUUCUGAGGAGAAAGGCUCUCUUCGACGACAUCAGCGUUCGGCGGCACUCACUCCGUCCCGUCGCGCAUGCGCGCCCCGAAGGCUCCACCCCCGCGAACCUCCUCAACGGUCGUGGCGUGAGGUGGGGGAGCGGUUUUUAUAUCGCUCCUCGCAACGCGCGAAUGAGAAGACGUCCGUCCGUUGUGGCGCCAUGUUUCGUUUGCUACGUGGGACUCACCCUCGCCCAAUCGCUGGGAGGCGGUGACGAGCUCUAAGCUCCUCCUCCCACCGUUCCUCUCCUCAGUGCCGCGGCGGGCAGAGGACGAAACGGUCGGGCUGGCUGGGGAAAGAUGUGGCGCGGCCGAAAGCGGCUGAAGCUCGCGCGUUGAUUUCGUCUGUUUUUCUCACAAAAAAUUAUAUACUGGGAGAGAGGGAGAACGAGCCGAGCAGCGGUCGAAGAAGAGCGGGGAGGAGGGGUGGGCGGGUGAGGGGUAGCGUUGGCGAGAACGGCAAAGAAAUGGCCUCCUGGCGCUGCGAGGGAGGGGGUCGGAAACCAAGCUGAAGGAGAAGAAGAAGAAGUCGUCGGUUGGCAGGAACGGCGCUCGCGCUCGCCUGUUGAGAGAGGAGAAAAACUGAUUGGCGGGAACGGCGCGCGCUUCUCUGGAAGCUUCUAUUCUCGCGUCCCCGUCCCUGGAAGAAAGAAACCGCUCGAGGCUGCGCGCGCUCGUUUCUGACCUUCUCAGUCUCGGGGAUUUGGCGGGAGCGGCGCGUUAGGGAACUGGGGAGGGGUGUAGUCGCGCGUUCGCCGUCAUGGCAUUCAGCAACUACAGCAGCCUGCAGCGUGCUCAGCUGACCUUCGAGUAUCUUCACACCAACUCAACCACUCAUGAAUUCUUGUUUGGGGCCCUUGCUGAACUUGUAGAUAAUGCCAGAGAUGCAGAUGCCACAAGAAUAGACAUAUAUGCUGAACAUCGAGAGGACCUGCGUGGUGGGUUCAUGCUGUGUUUUUUGGAUGAUGGAGCCGGAAUGGAUUCACAUGAUGCGGCCAGUGUGAUUCAGUUUGGUAAAUCUGCUAAACGGUCACCGGAAUCCACUCAGAUUGGACAAUAUGGGAAUGGCUUGAAAUCGGGUUCCAUGCGGAUUGGCAAGGAUUUUAUACUGUUCACGAAGAAGGACAACAGCAUGACUUGCCUCUUUUUGUCACGUACAUUUCAUGAGGAAGAAGGCAUAGACGAGGUCAUUGUUCCACUGCCAACAUGGAGUGCCUAUAGCAAGGAGCCCUUGACUGACAACAUGGAGAAAUUCUCCAUUGAAACGGAACUGAUUUACAAGUAUUCUCCCUUCAAAACCGAGCAGGAGGUGAUGGAGCAGUUCAGGAAGAUUCCUGGGGAGAAAGGCACGCUGGUGAUCAUUUUCAAUCUGAAACUGAUGGAUAAUGGUGAGCCUGAGUUGGACGUGACCUCUGACCCCCGAGAUAUCCAGAUGGCUGAGACACCGCCAGAGGGGACGAAGCCAGAGCGCCGCUCCUUCCGGGCCUACACCGCAGUGCUCUACAUUGAUCCGAGAAUGAGGAUCUUCAUCCAUGGACACAAAGUACAAACCAAACGCCUUUCCUGUUGCUUAUACAAGCCUCGGAUGUACAAAUAUACUUCCAAGCGAUUCAAGACCAGAGCAGAGCAGGAAGUAAAGAAAGCAGAGCAUAUGGCUCGGAUCGCGGAAGAGAAGGCUCGCGAAGCAGAGAGCAAGGCCCGUGCAUUGGAGCUGCGCCUGGGAGCAGACCUCACAAGGGAAUCCAGGGUCAUGUUGCGCCAAGCCCAGAACAUGGCAAUAACCAUGCGCAGAGAGGCUGAUGUCAAGAAGAGGGUCAGGGAGGCGAAGCAGAGGGCCCUGAAGGAGCCCAAAGAGCUGAACUUCAUCUUUGGGGUCAACAUCGAGCAGCGGCAAUUGGAUGGGAUGUUCGUCUAUAACUGCAGCCGGCUGAUUAAGAUGUACGAGAAGGUGGGCCCCCAGCUGGACGGCGGCAUGGCAUGUGGUGGCGUUGUUGGAGUGGUGGACGUCCCCUACCUGGUUCUGGAGCCCACCCAUAACAAGCAGGACUUUGCGGACGCCAAAGAGUACCGGCACCUGUUAAGGGCCAUGGGAGAACAUCUGGCUCAGUACUGGAAGGACGUGGAGAUAGCUCAGAAAGGUAUCAUCAAGUUCUGGGAUGACUUUGGCUACUUGUCAGCGAACUGGAACCAACCCCCGUCGAAUGAAUUGCGUUACAAACGCCGGAGAGCCAUGGAGAUCCCCACAACUAUUCAGUGUGACGUCUGUCUGAAAUGGCGGACUCUUCCCUUCCAGCUCAGCUCUGUGGAGCAAGAAUACCCAGAUACCUGGAUGUGUGCGAUGAAUCCCGACGCGGAACAGGACAGGUGCGAUGCCCCCGAACAGAAGCAGAAGGUGCCUCUGAGCCUCCUGAGGAAGGAGAAGUCUCAGGAAGACAAGCAGAAGGAGCUGACGGAGAAAAUUCGGCAGCAGCAGGAGAAGCUGGAGGCCUUGCAGAAAACGACUCCGGUACGUUCCCAGGCCGACCUGAGGCGACUGCCUCUGGAGGUUACCGCCCGACCUGCCGUGGAGAAUUCAGAGUUGCUGAACAGGCCCCAGCGCCCACGGUCACCCCCUUUACCGGACGUGAUUAAAAACGCUCCCAGUAGGCCCCCAGCUCCACCACCUCUCUCCAGGGCUCUCAGCCAGCAGAGGAAGGGGCCCCCUCCUCGGCCAGCAGUCAGCUCCUCCAGAGCCGCCCCCCGCAUGGCGUCCCAGGAGGAACCCAGUGUUUCAAGGAUGCAGAACCAAGUGGUGGCUCCUGGCAGGUCUGCGCCCCCUCCUGUCAGGCCUCCAUCUAGAGCUGCAGCCGUGGGGACGGUGCCCCCGGCCCUGCUUCAGAACUCCAAGAGCCAUCAUAGCAGGCCUGCCAGCCCCAAACACUUGAAGGUGGGGCUGCCGCCCAAGAAACUCCCAGGUGUCAAGCAUCCCCAGGCUUCCAGUACCCGGAAGAGAAGCUGUAGCGCGAUAGAGGAUGGGUCAGGGGAAGAGAGUGUGCCGAAAAAAGAGAAAAAGAAGCUGGGGAAACAGGUGACAGUCAAAGAAGAGAAGAAAGAUUCUAAUGAGGUGGUGGUGGAGCUCACAGACAGUGCAGGCGAAGAAGAACUUGCGGAACUGAAAAGAGCACAGAAAGAUAAAGGGCUUCAUGUGGAAGUACGAGUGAAUAAGGUGUGGUUCACGGGCCGCAUUACAGCUGUGGAGAUGGACAAGCAAACUAUCCGUUGGAAGGUGAAGUUUGAUUACGUCCCUACCGAUGUCACUCCAAGAGACCGCUGGGUCGAGAGAGGCAGUGAGGACGUGCGGCUAAUGAGACCUCCCUCUCCGGAACGCCAAAGUCCAGACACUCAGCAGGAAGUUGUGGAAGCCGAGCCCUCGACCUCAGGCGUGACGGAGCCAGACACCACCGGAUCGACCAGCAACAGCCACGAGACCGUCGGGUUGUUAACCCAGAUACUCCGGAAUUGUUUGCGGUACUUCCUGCCUCCCAACUUCCCCAUCUCCAAGAAGGAGCUGAGUACCAUGAGUUCAGAAGAGCUGGUGGUGUUCCCUCUGAAAGACUACUUCAACAAGUAUGAGAUGAGCCUGCAGAACCUGUGCAACUCGUACCAGACCCGUGCGAACACCCAGGCCAAGGCCUGCGAGGAAAAGCUUCGCGUGCAGGAGCAGAAGCUCUCCGAGACAAAGGAGAAACUCCAGAAGCUGAGGACUAACAUCGUAGCACUACUCCAAAAGGUGCAAGAGGACAUCGACUUCAAUACGGAUGAUGAGCUAGAUGCAUACAUUGAGGACCUGAUUGCCAGGGGCGAUUAAGGCGCCCACAUUCCAACACCAGAGUGAAAUCACCAGGGCGUCGAUCCCCAUAUCCUGUGGGACUUUAUGUGUAGGGGGAAUCCAGGGCGGUGUGUGGAGGUGGGGUCCAGAGCCUUUAGAGACUACUGUAUUAGUGUGCAUUGGUGUACAACUUUCACUUGUGAUGACCUCUUGGGUUUUUUUGUUUUGGUUCUUUUUAACGCAACGCGGGAGACAUCAGUGCUGUUGAGCAAGGUUUUUAACCUAUGUUUAUAAAUAUUUCUGUUUUUGUUUUUUUACAAACAAAAAACGAAGUCUGGUGUUGGGUCUUUUGGCU